AUGACUCAACUGCAGCUCGACGACUCCAAUGGAGUCUCAAACCCCACCAGUGUUCACAAGUCAAUUGGUACCCAAAAGUCCGCCGUGCUUCAUCGACACCUUCGUCGUGAUUUUCUUAGCGUCGAGCGAGGCGAGGGCAAUUACCUCAUUCUAGAAGAUGGCCGGAAAAUAUUUGAUGCCUCGGGAGGCGCGGCUGUAGCUUGUCUCGGUCAUGGGAAUACUACAGUGAAUCAGGCCAUGGUGGACCAGAUUCAGAAGCUGAGCUAUUGUGCCUCAACGUUCUUCAAAGCACCCGUUGUUGAGCAGGCGGGGCAGGCCAUGAUUGACACAACAGAUGGGCAAAUGACGAGGGCGUACAUUGUGGGCUCCGGCUAG